ACCACCCUGUCCCCCUACGCCCCUGGGGAACUUGAACCGCGCCGUCCCCCUACGUUCCCCUGGGGAACUUGAACCGCGCUGUCCCCCCACGCCCUGGGGGAACUUGAACCACGCCGUCCCCACGUUCCCCUGGGGAAUCCCCGGAACCGCUGUCCUCCUACGCUCCCCUGGGGAACCAGACCACCCUGUCCCCCCACGCCCCCUGGGGAACUCUGAACCGCGCUGGUCCCCACGCCCCCUGGGAAUCGAACCGCGCUUACCACCCUGUCCCCCACGUUCCCCCUGGGGGAACUUGAACCACGCCGUCCCCUACGCUCCCCCUGGGGAACUUGAACCGGCGCCGUCCCCCCACGUUCCCCUGGGGAACCCGAACCGCGCGGGUCCCCCCUACGCCCCCUGGGGAAUCCGAACCGCGCCGCCCCCCUACGUUCCCCUGGGGAACUCGGGAACCGCCGUCCCCCCACGUUCCCCCCUGGGGAACCCGAACCGCGCCGUCCCCCCCACGUUCCCCUGGGGAACUCGAACCGCGCGUCCCCCACGUUCCCCGGGGAACUCUCGAACCGCGUCGUCCCUACGUUCCCCUGGGGAAUCCGGGACCCCGCGCCGUCCCCCUACGUCCCCUGGGGGAACCGCGUCCGUCCCCCUACUUCUCGCCCCCUGGGGAACCCGAACCGCGCCGUCCCCCUACGUCCCUGGGGAACUCAGACCACGCUGUCCCCCUACGCCCCCCUGGGGAACUCGAACCGCCGUCCCCCUACGCCCUGGGGAACCCGGGAACCGCGCCGAACCCGAACCGUCCCCCUACGCUCCCCCUGGGGGAACUCGAACCGCGCUGUCCCCCUACGUUCCCCUGGGGAACUCGAACCGCGCCGUCCCCCCUACGUUCCCCUGGGGAACUAACCGCGCCGUCCCCUAUGCUCCCCUGGGGAAUCCCGAACCGCGUCGUCCCCUACGUUCCCCUGGGGAACUCGAACCGCGUCGUCCCCUACGUUCCCCUGGGGAACUCGAACCGCGCCGUCCCCUACGUUCCCCUGGGGAACUUCGAACCGCGCCGUCCCCCCACGUUCCCUGGGGGAACCGAACCGCCCCCCCCUACGCUCCCUGGGGAACCGAACCGCGGCCGUCCCCCUACGUUCCCCUGGGGAACCUGAACCGCGCUGUCCUCCUACGCCCCUGGGGAACUCAGACCACCCUGUCCCCCUACGUCCCCUGGGAACUUGAACCACGCCGUCCCCUACGUUCCCCUGGGGAACUUGAACCGCGCUGUCCCCCUACGUUCCCCCUGGGGAACUUGAACCACGCGUCCCCCACGUUCCCCUGGGGAACUCGAACCACGUCCCCCGUUCCCCCUGGGGAACUCGAACCACGCCGUCCCCCCACGUUCCCCUGGGGAACUCGAACCGCGCCGCUGUCCCCACGUUCCCCUGGGGAACUCGAACCGCCUGUCCCCUACGUUCCCCUGGGGAACUCGAACCCGCUGUCCCCCUACGUUCCCCUGGGGAACUCGAACCACGCUGUCCCCCUACGUUCCCCUGGGGAACUCGACCGCGCUGUCCCCACGUUCCCCUGGGGAACUCGGACCGCGCUGUCCCACUACGUUCCCCUGGGGAACUCGGGAACGCGCCGUUCCCCUGGGGAACUCGAACCGCUGUCCCCCUACGUCCCCCUAGGAACUCGAACCGCGCCGUCCCCCUACGCUCCCCUGGGGAACUCGAACCGCGCCGUCCCCCUACGUUCCCCUGGGGAACCCGAACCGCGCUGUCCCCCUACGUUCCCCUGGGGAACUCCGAACCGCGCUGUCCUCUACGUUCCCCUGGGGAACUCGAAGCGCACGUCCCCCUACGUUCCCCUGGGGAAUCCCGAACCGCGCGCUACCGCGCCGUCCCCCUAUCCCCUGGGGAACUCCGAACCGCUGUCCCCCUAUCCCCUGGGGAACAUUCGAACCACGCCGUCCAGCCCCUAUCCCCUGGGGAACAUUCCGAACCACGCACGUCCCCACGACAUGUUUAAAUCCCUUGGGGAACCCGAACCGGGAUCGUCCCCCUACGUGUCCCUGGGGAAGAAUCCGCUGGGGUCCCCCUACGUGUCCCCUGGGGAACCGAACCGCGCCGCUCCCCCUGGGGAACCCGAACCGUUGGGGUCCCCACGCCCCCUGGGGAACUUGAACCGCGCUGUCCCCCUACGUAGAUGUGUUGGGGAACGUGAACCACGCCGUCCCCCUACGUUGGGGUCGGGAAGUGAACCGCGCUGUCCUCCUACGCUUCCCUGGGGAACUCGAACCGCGCCGUCCCCCUACGCUCGAACCCGCCGUCCCCUACGUUCCCCUGGGGAACUCAAACCGCUGUCCCCCUACGUGUUUCCCCUGGGAACCAUAUCACCAGGGUGA